GCGGCGGCCAUCUCUCACUAAUUACAGACAACGUUGGCUUUCCUUGGACUUGUUACUUAAUUACACCACCAACCAGUUUGGUUUAUCUGAACGCUGAUUAAUACCUGCAUCAAUCAAGUAACCACACACACCUUACGCGUAACGCACGAGAGACACACCUUGGACAACGACAUGGUGCGAAUCGCCAUCCCCACGCUUGCCCUCGCGGCGACGACAGUGACCGCCCUGUCUAAGUCCAAGGGCUUCAACCUGGUCGCGCACGUCGCCGACCCGGGCAGCGAUCUGAGCCCGUCGGUCGAGGGUCUGCUGCUGACGACGGCGCACACGGGGGCCGGGUUCAACGCGGCCGUCUUCGCCGACGCCGACGCCGGGUCCGAGCGCGUCUUCUACCAGAACGGCACCGCAGCGCGCCCGGGGGGGAUGAGGAGCAAGAGCACCCUGCUCACCGACGGCGGCACCCCACCCUUCCCCUUCAGCAUGCAGGUGCAGUCGGGCGGGGAGCCCCGUCGCAUCGUCGACAUCAGCGUCGGCCAGGGCACGAGCCACUACGUCGACGCGCGCGGGCGGCUCGUCAACGCCGAGGACGCGGGAAGACGGGGCUCCUGGCUCGCCUGCAACGCCGUCGUGCCCUACUACAACGAGACCUUCACCACGCUCCAGUACGCCUACGACUAUCAUCGUGGAGACUCCCCUGCGGGCCUCGAAGGCUGCGCCGCCAUCGAGCUGGUCGCCCGCUGCGCCGAGCUGAACGACCUCCCCGACGACGCCUACUCGACUCACGAAUUUGCCGUCGAGGUCAGGUGCGAGAAGUGAGCGGGAAGAGGAGGGGAAGAAGAAGAAGAAGGGAGUGGCGAACCCAAGAGUAUCGACUCACACAUUUUCAGGGCUCGAGCGCUUCAGAAAAAGCCAAAGAUGUGCCACAUAAUGAUGAAUCGGGAGCAGAUGCUGCGUUUGGUAAAAUCCAACACAAUGUCUUUGCGCAUUUCGCAAUUUUGGAGACCAUCACAUGUUCACCAUGAGGACAAGGAGGCUGGUUGUAGAGAUACCGCAACAAAUGCGCAUCGGAGCAGAAAAGGCGGGUGUGAUGUUCAUUGGUUUCAUUGGCUAUGAAUUUUUGUUAGUUUAGACAUAUUUAAUGUGCCAUGUUCAGUUGUCGAUUGGGG